AUGGCUUGGUUCAUUCCAAAUGCAAUGCUGCUGCUAAUGCUGUUUUCGUUGUUUCGAAUAAACAUAUGUGACACUGACGAAGGAACGCUGCUCAUAAAACGAAGAUUUGUUAGAGUCACAAAUGAUUUGGGUGGAAACUUGACCCUUACAGUUCACUGUAAAUCAGCGGAUGACAACAUUGGUGUCCAAGUGCUUCCUCCUCAUGCUUCCUUAGGAUUCAAUUUUCGACCAAGCUGGAUGUUCAGUACACAAUUCUACUGCAGUUUUCAGUGGCCAAACACAUUUAAAUGGUUCGAUAUAUACGAUAACCCUAGAGACGCACCGCAUUGCAGCAAAUGUUGGUGGAGUAUAGUACCAAAUGGUGCAUGUAGGUUUAACUGGUAUGACAAAACGUAUGAUGUUUGCUUUCAGUGGAAUAAAGACUGA